AUGCCCCGAUCUGAUCCAACCCUUUGCUGCAGGUCUUGGCAUAGCAGGAGUGAUUACUUCUGCAUUGAGAUGGCUUCCAAAGCAAUCUUUCAGAAUUCGCCUGACGGCCUUAGGAAAGCGCAUGAAACGAUGAAGCCAGAGUCAAAGAAGAUCUCUGAAAAAAGACGGAUUCAGAUUAAAGAUGACGGAGAUUCUUCUUUUGAUCUAAGUUUGCUCAAAGAAGCUAUCGAUAAUGCAAGCAAUAAGACUCUUCUCGUCUAA